ACAAUUGUCCCAUUCAAAAGCCCAAAUCUUCCAACCACAUCGUAUAUUUCUAGUUUUGAAUAAAGAAGAUCCAGAACGAGAAAGAAAACCUAUUAACAUAUUUAAUUAUUUAUAUAUAUUUUUGUAUAUAUCUUUUUUUUUUCUUGCAGGAAAACGCUAUAUUUAUUUGCUUUGAGAGUUUCGCUGUGAGGAAAAUAAAGUGAGAAAAAAGGAAAUUUUCCCGGAAAAAAAUAACGGAGUUCAAAAGAAUCAGAAAAAAGCAACUGACCCUGCCGGUUUGUGCUGUGGGUUGUUGAAAGUUAUUUAAUUUGUUAUCCCUCUUCUUUUCCGCUCGUGAUUCUUGCCCUCUAGGGUUUUCUUUUUCCUUGAUACUUCACAACUUCAUAAUACUACAUUAUCGGAGUUAUCCAAAUUCUCAAUUAUUGUUAUUAUUUUUUUUUUCAAAGCUUCCAAAUUUGGGGAUAAUCUUAGCGUAGGGCACACCAUGUGAGUGCCUUUUCAAUUGGCGAAAUCGGGGUUUGUGAAAAUUGAUGUGGAGGCAGAGGGGAUGAGGUUUGUGGCGGAGAUAUGGAGAUUAGAUCGGAGAGUAUACAGGUGCGGUGCGAUAAGCUACCGGCUCCGGUGAUUCCGAGGACGCGGUUGCAGGUAUGGUUCAUCCGAGUGUGCUCGAGCAUUGUGCUCUGGACGUGUUUGGUUCAGCUUGUGGCGGUCGGUGGGCUAUGGCACCCACAUUUGCUGUCCGGGAUCACCAAUCGGAUGUCCCAGAGAGCUCAGCUUCGCUUCGAAGAGGUGCGAUCGCUGCCGCCUCUUCUUCCCGCAAGAAAGUAUAAAAGUAAUGGUUUUCUUAGAGUGUCCUGCAAUGGAGGCUUGAAUCAAAUGCGUUCAGCGAUAUGCGACAUGGUGACUGUUGCUCGGCUUUUGAAUCUCACUUUGGUUAUUCCAGAGCUUGAUAAGACAUCCUUCUGGGCUGAUCCUAGUAAUUUUGAGGACAUCUUUGAUGUGAGACAUUUCAUUGAUUCACUAAGAGAUGAAGUUCAAAUCAUAAAAAGGCUGCCAAAGAGGUUUAAUAGGAAAUAUGGAGUCAUUCCACUUGAGAUGCCUCCUGUUAGCUGGUCAAAUGAAAGAUAUUACUUACAACAGAUUCUUCCACUUUUUGGCAAGCAUAAGGUGUUGCACUUUAACAAAACAGAUGCACGUUUGGCAAACAAUGGGAUCCCACUUGAUCUUCAGAAACUCAGAUGUCAUGUUAAUUUCCAGGCACUGAAAUUCACUCCUCAGAUUGAGACUUUGGGGUACAAAUUGGUUCGUAUGCUUCAAGAAAAGGGACCUUUCGUGGCUCUGCAUCUAAGAUACGAGAUGGACAUGUUGGCUUUCUCGGGUUGUACUCAUGGUUGCACUGAGAAAGAAGCUGAGGAGCUCAAGCGGAUGAGGUAUGCAUACCCUUGGUGGAGAGAGAAAGAGAUAGUGUCAAAAGAGAGGAGAGCACAAGGUUUGUGUCCUCUGACACCAGAGGAGGCGGCGUUAGUUUUGCAGGCAUUGGGCUUCGAUAAGAACACACAGAUUUAUAUCGCAGCUGGUGAGAUUUAUGGCAGUGAUCGGAGACUCGCGGCACUAAGAGCUGCAUUUCCAGUAACUGUGAAAAAGGAAAUGUUGCUAGCCCCAGGGGAGUUGCAACAAUUCCAGAAUCAUUCAUCUCAAAUGGCGGCUUUAGAUUUUAUGGUUUCGGUAGCCAGUAACACUUUCAUUCCCACCUACGACGGAAACAUGGCAAAAGUUGUGGAAGGCCACCGCAGGUAUCUUGGGUUUAAAAAAACCAUCGUAUUGGAUCGGAAAAGGCUUGUAGAGUUAUUGGAUAUGCAUCAGAAUAGAACACUUGCAUGGAAUGAGUUUGUAGUCGCUGUUAGAUCGGCUCAUGAGAAGAGAAUGGGGCAGCCAAGGCGGCGUAGGGUUACUGUAGACAAGCCAAAGGAGGAAGAUUAUUUCUAUGCAAAUCCGCACGAGUGCCUUUGUGGGGGAACAACUUGUGAUGACUUGCUAGGCCCUGGCAGCUCGAGUAAAACAUGAUGACUGCAAUUGAUGGUGAACCACUGAAUUUUUCGUAGAUAUGGGGAGCGGUCGUGUCAUUUUUCAGAAGAGAAAGCAAUUAUUAUAACCUUGUAUACGCGCUUAACAAAAGCUUUUGCACCAAACGGCAGAAAAGAACAGUUGAGUGCCCGUUUGGGUGUGAAAAAUGUUGUCUUAUUAUUAUUUGUUUAUAUAUUUAUUUGUUCUUGUUC